GACAGGAGACAAACUCUGGGGAUGAAUGAAGGUGCUGGGGGCGGGUUAAAAAAGUCUCCUCCGCUUUUUUCCUCUCUCCAGAUUUGCUUCUGCCUCUGUGACCCGUCUCCCCACCCUGCCCCCAUUUUAUCGACGACCCGGUUUGGCCCAGCGUCUGAGUUCUUGGCACAGCCAGGGUUUGGGGAUCCGGAUGAUCGCCUAGGCCCAACUUCGGACCGCGUUCUCGAGUUUUGCCGCGUCCCGUCUCCAAGACGCGGAAUCCCCGUGGGGCCCCGUGAAGCUGCAGGGUAGCUCCGAAGGGUCAACAGCAAUAAUGGCUGAGUGUACAAGCCUUCAGUUUGUUAGCCCUUUUGCUUUUGAAGCAAUGCAGAAAGUCGAUGUGGUCCGCCUGGCAUCUUUAAGUGAUCCAGAGUUGAGACUUCUUCUGCCCUGUUUGGUACGGAUGGCACUUUGUGCUCCAGCUGACCAGAGCCAAAGCUGGGCUCAGGAUAAAAAACUUAUCCUUCGCCUUCUUUCUGGAGUGGAAGCAGUCAACUCCAUUGUUGCGUUAUUGUCUGUGGACUUUCAUGCUUUGGAACAAGAUGCCAGCAAAGAGCAGCAGCUCAGGCAUAAACUUGGAGGAGCCAGCAGUGAAAGCAUCCUGGUAUCCCAGCUUCAGCAUGGACUGACAUUAGAAUUCGAACACAGUGAUUCCCCUCGUCGAUUGCGUCUUGUGCUUAGUGAACUGUUGGCAAUUAUGAACAAGGUAUCUGAAUCCAAUGGGGAAUUUUUUUUCAAGUCUUCUGAGCUCUUUGAGAGUCCAGUGUACUUGGAGGAAGCUGCAGAUGUACUUUGUAUUCUACAAGCAGAGCUCCCUUCCUUGCUUCCUAUAGUUGAUGUAGCUGAAGCCUUGCUGCAUGUUAGAAAUGGUGCCUGGUUCUUGUGUCUCUUGGUGGCCAAUGUUCCUGAUAGUUUUAAUGAAGUUUGUAGAGGCCUAAUCAAAAAUGGAGAACGACAAGAUGAAGAAAGCCUUGGAGGAAGGCGCAGGACAGAUGCUUUACGCUUCUUAUGUAAAAUGAAUCCUUCUCAGGCCCUCAAGGUCCGAGGCAUGGUGGUGGAAGAAUGUCACUUGCCAGGCCUUGGAGUGGCUUUGACGUUGGAUCAUACCAAAAAUGAGGCUUGUGAAGAUGGAGUGAGUGACCUGGUUUGUUUUGUCAGUGGUUUGCUUCUUGGAACAAAUGCAAAAGUCCGGACUUGGUUUGGAACUUUUAUCCGAAAUGGACAGCAGAGAAAAAGAGAAACCAGCAGUUCUGUCCUGUGGCAAAUGAGAAGGCAGCUUCUUUUGGAGCUGAUGGGCAUUCUUCCCACAGUCCGAAGCACCCGCAUUGUAGAAGAGGCCGAUGUGGAGAUGGAGCCCAACGUGUCCGUGUACUCGGGCCUGAAGGAAGAGCACGUUGUGAAAGCCAGCGCACUCUUGCGUCUGUACUGUGCUCUCAUGGGGAUUGCUGGGCUCAAACCAACUGAAGAAGAAGCUGAACAGCUACUGCAGUUGAUGACAAGUCGUCCUCCUGCUACGCCAGCUGGGGUUCGCUUUGUUUCCCUUUCCUUUUGUAUGCUACUGGCCUUUUCUACACUUGUCAGUACUCCUGAGCAGGAGCAGCUGAUGGUGGUGUGGCUGAGCUGGAUGAUAAAGGAAGAAGCUUACUUUGAGAGCACUUCGGGUGUGUCUGCGUCUUUUGGGGAGAUGCUGCUGUUGGUUGCCAUGUACUUUCACAGCAACCAGCUGAGUGCCAUCAUUGACUUAGUCUGCUCCACUUUGGGAAUGAAGAUUGUAAUUAAGCCAAGUUCCUUGAGCAGGAUGAAGACUAUCUUCACACAAGAAAUUUUUACUGAGCAGGUCGUCACAGCUCAUGCAGUCCGGGUCCCUGUCACCAGCAACCUGAGCGCCAACAUCACGGGGUUUUUGCCCAUUCAUUGUAUUUACCAGCUUCUCAGGAGUCGUUCCUUUACCAAGCACAAAGUGUCAAUAAAAGAUUGGAUUUACCGGCAGCUGUGUGAGACCUCCACUCCUCUCCACCCUCAGUUACUUCCUCUGAUUGACGUGUACAUCAAUUCUAUACUUACUCCAGCAUCAAAAUCUAACCCAGAGGCCACAAAUCAGCCAGUCACAGAGCAGGAAAUACUCAAUAUUUUCCAUGAAGUCAUUGGGGGUGACAGUGUCCGCCUUAACCAGCGUUUCAGUAUCACAGCGCAGCUUUUGGUGCUCUACUACAUCCUGUCUUAUGAAGAGGCUCUUCUGGCAAACACGAAGACUUUAGCUGCUAUGCAAAGAAAACCAAAAUCAUAUUCUUCUUCUUUAAUGGAUCAAAUUCCUAUCAAAUUCCUCAUUCGACAGGCUCAAGGGCUACAACAGGAACUGGGAGGGUUGCAUUCAGCUUUACUACGUCUCCUUGCAACUAACUACCCACAUCUAUGUAUUGUGGAUGACUGGAUCUGUGAAGAAGAAAUCACAGGGACUGAUGCCCUGUUGAGGCGAAUGCUUCUAACUAAUAAUGCCAAAAUCCACUCUCCUAAACAACUACAAGAAGCAUUUUCAGAUGUCCCGGUAAACCACACACAAGUGAUGCAGAUUAUAGAGCACUUGACUUUACUGUCUGCCAGUGAGCUUAUACCAUAUGCAGAAGUAUUGACAUCCAAUAUGAGCCAGCUAUUGAAUUCGGGGGUUCCACGGAGGAUUCUUCAAACAGUCAAUAAGUUAUGGAUGGUUCUUAAUACUGUGAUGCCUAGAAGGCUGUGGGUAAUGACAGUUAAUGCACUUCAACCUUCCAUAAAGUUUGUACGGCAACAAAAGUAUACACAAAAUGACCUGAUGAUAGAUCCCCUCAUUGUCCUGAGGUGUGAUCAGCGGGUUUACAGAUGUCCUCCCCUGAUGGAUAUCACUCUACACAUGUUGAAUGGAUAUCUUCUUGCAUCUAAAGCUUACCUUAGUGCUCACCUGAAGGAAACAGCAGAGCAAGAUAGGCCUUCCCAGAAUAAUACGAUAGGUUUAGUUGGACAGACUGAUGCCCCAGAAGUUACCAGAGAAGAACUGAAAAAUGCACUGUUGGCUGCUCAGGAUAGUGCCGCUGUCCAGAUUCUCUUAGAGAUUUGUUUACCUACUGAAGAGGAGAACGCAGAGGGCGUCAAUCCGGACAGCUUGCUGAGAAACAUUCAGAGUGUCAUCACCAGCAGCAGUCCGAGUAAGGAGGUGGAGGAAGGAGAGGACAAUCUGCUCGGCAACCUUCGGGAAGUUCAGUGCCUUAUCUGUUGUCUGCUGCACCAAAUGUAUAUUGCAGACCCCAACAUUGCUAAACUUGUUCACUUUCAGAUAUUUGCUAUCCAGUUGCUUUCUCACUUGUGUAUCCAGUAUGCUUUACCAAAGUCACUUAGUGUGGCUCGCCUGGCUGUUAACGUCAUGGGAACUUUGCUAACAGUUUUAACACAAGCUAAGCGCUACGCUUUUUUCAUGCCAACUCUCCCAAGUUUGGUCUCUUUUUGCCGAGCAUUUCCUCCACUAUAUGAGGAUAUUAUGUCUUUACUGAUUCAGAUAGGACAAGUUUGUGCCUCUGAUGUUGCCACUCAGACGAGAGACAUUGAUCCAAUCAUUACACGUCUUCAACAAAUAAAGGAAAAACCAAGUGGAUGGUCACAAAUCUAUAAAGACCCAGCUAAUAAAAAUGGAUCCAGGGACACUGUCAGCAUGGAUCCUGAUCCUGGGGCUGGGAGGCGGGAAUUCGUCCGGGUUUGCAUAGUUCCCGGGUCUGAGAGCUGCGAGGUGUGUAAGACGGCGAGGUUGGCAGCCGCGGAUUUGUGGAGAGAGCCGGAGCCCCCAGAGGGAGGGAGAAGAUUAAGCCUCGGUGCUUUCUUCUGCACUCGGGCUCUCCAUCUUUUGUUCUCAGAAAUCAGUUUCUUUUUCCGUGUGAGUCGGAGCCCAGGCUUGUCGCUUCGCUUUCCCGCCAGCCCAGGCAAGUCCGAAGGAGGCCGGCCGGCCACGGGGCGCGCGGCCCGCGCAGGCCUCCGCUGUGCCCGACCCUUCUGGCCUGGCAGCCGGGGACCCCGGGCUGUGGGAGGCGGGAGUGGAGGGCGGGAAGCCCGAGCCGAGCGGGCCGCCCCAGCCUUCCCGCCCGCGCAGGUUCCGGGCCGAGCGGCCGCGAGGGGCGGGCCUCGAGUUCUUGAUUCAGAUUAA